UUCUCAAAACUCAAACUGCGACGCACUGCCGCCCGCUCCCUUCCUAUUUCUCUAUCAGACUGUUCUCUGCCGCUACAUCUGGUCCAGUCGUCGCCUCCCGACAAUCCCUCUGGUCCAGCCAUCGCCUCCUGCCGCUCGUCCUGGUCCAGCCGUCGCCUCCGCUGUUCGUCCAUUUUGUAACCCUGCAACGUCCUUUGUCCCUGCCUCCGCCGCUCCGUUUGGUUCAGCCGUCGCCACUCGUCUAGUCGUUACCUCUGCUGCUCGUAUUACACUCUCAACAUCCCCAGCAGUUUCUAACAAAAUGAAGAAAGGAAUUCACCCACAGAGGCAGUGGAUAUCUUACGUGACCCAGAGUGGAAGGUUGAUGCACAUUAUGAUGACAAAAAUUCACCAUGUUGGUAAAGUCUACCACUUCAGGGCAAGGCGACAGAUGGCUGAAAGUUUAGGACAGAUUGCCAAGUUUAAACGUCGCUAUGGACAGGAAGAUGAUGAAGACACUACCAAAUAAUUCAUUGCAAUAACGAAAGUGAAUGUCGUUGGUUUUUCUCGUGCAUUUAAAUGUCACAGAGACAGUCCCAGUGAAUCAUUUGAAUUGUAAUGAACUUUAUUGUCUAAUGUAGACUUGAUUUUAUAGAGCAAUUCAACUUCUGGGAGUUCAUAUUAUGGUUAUUUCACCGCCCAAUUAAAACUAUUACAGGUUGCUUUGUUCAAUUGACUUAAUUUGAGAACUUGCGAAAUGCAAAGCUUUGAAGCCAA